UGAGACAAGACAAAUCAAAAUGAUAGAAAAACUGACAAAUUGGAAAGUGCCAACCAGUGGCAAUACAAAUUUUAAUUUUAAUGACUUCUAUUAUAUCUUAGUAACUGAUACCAUUCCUGAUAGUUGAACAUUAAAUUUACAGCAAUAUACUGUGACAAUGUCGAAAAUAUAUAAAACUUUGAUAUCGGCUACAGACAAAUUUGUCCCAGCUAAACUUCGUCCGCUAUGGAAUCAUGAAGCUGGUCCUAAAACCAUAUUCUUUUGGGCUCCAGCAUUUAAAUGGGCUCUCGUGGCUGCAUCUAUAGACGAUUACAGACGUCCAUUAGAUAAGGUCUCUACCACACAAUCGGCUACGCUAUCCGCAACAGGUCUUAUCUGGACCCGUUAUUGUCUAGUUAUUAGACCUAUUAACUAUUCACUGUCUAUAUGUAACUUCGCUUUAGGAUUAGCGAAUGGCAUACAAUGUUUUAGGGCCUACCGAUACCAGAAUUAUUUGAAAGCUUGAAAGUUGAUAAUUCUAAAUCAGGGAUUCCCAAAGCAUUGCUAAUUCUCACUCUGAUUUCUUCUAUUGACCUAAGUCAAAAUUAAAAA